AUGCCGACCGCGGGGACGUGGGUUAAGAUGCUCGUUACAGGAGCGACGCUGUGUAUUGGUGGCCCGUACCUAGUAUGGUAUGUCACGCCGACUGAGGAAGAGCUAUUCAAGAAGUACAAUCCGGAACUGCAGAAGCGGUCACUGCAAAAUCGGCAGCAGAAGCAGGAAGAAUUCGAUCACUUUGUCAACAAGCUGAAGGAGUACUCGAAGUCAGACAAGCCCAUAUGGGAAGCAGCAGCUGAAGAUGAGGCGAAGUCGAGCGCAGCGCGGAGGGAGAAGGUGCUUCAGGAGCAACGAGGGCUUGCAGAACAGUCCGAGAGGCUGCGGCAAGAGAUCAGGAGUCACUCAAGCAGGUAG